UCGCAAGCAUAACAACGAUGCCCAGCGUAGAAAGUUCAAAAAUAUAUUUGACUGUACCCCGUAGAUUCUUGACCUGGUGGAAACCAAACCAAGACUUCAAUCAAAAUACUAAUAUGUGAGAUGAUGCACUUAAAACAAUUCUCCUUGAAAUUAAACCUGACGAAUUUUGUAGAUACUUCAAUCAACAAGCUUAUGGUAUAGAAGUUCCAGAUGCAGAUGAUAGACCGACCUACAAAAGAGCUAACAAUAUCUUAUUUGACAAGUAGGCAAUAUCUUGGUUUAUGCCAAGAUGUAACAUGGAAUGAGAUCCAAUCGACAAGAAAGGGAAUCCUACAAGGUUCCCUGAACUUAACCAGCUCAUCAAAACUAUCACACGAUUUGAAUUACGUGGGGAGGGUAAAGAGGGUUUUGAGAAACGACCUCUUGAGUACGGCGAAUAUAUCAAUAUAUUGUGUAAAUAUUAAUCUGAAUAACGAAAGAAUUCAAAAUGCAUGCCUCCACGGGCUUUGGACAUGGACCUUUCAGCUCGUUCACAGGGUGGGUGAUGCUUGCAAUUUUAAAUACAAUGAUUCGAAAUGUGACACAGGCUUCUCGGAUGCAAUUUUUAUAGAGGUCGUCAGGAGUAAGAAUAUACGAAACAGAAGUCAAGUAUCGCGGCAGAUUUUUCUUGGCUCGAUGAAUUCUGUUAUGUGCUCAUUGGCUGGAUUGACAGCAUCAUCUUAUCGAGAGACUAGAAGGUAGAAAUAAUUAUACAAAUCCAAAUUUAUAGUGGACGUUUACGUCUAACGGAAUUACAGGUCGGGACGAUGAAUUGAAGACCGACUACACUCUUAGUGCUCUUGAACGAAUUAUCGGACUUAAAGAAUUCCUGAUAUAGGAACUCACAGCUUCAGAAAGUGCCCAUGUACCCAUGCCCACAGACGAGGAGCAUCAAGAGACGACGCAGAGGCGAGGGGAAGGUGGGCAGUAACUUCUGAGGGCAAUCGACGCAAACGACAAAGAAGGCAGGCUGAUACAUACACGAGUGAAUUGAUGCCAUAUCCAGACGCUAAAGUGUCUGUAAUCUUAUGUGGUUUCAUAGGACCAUGAAUCUACUAAAUUAAUCCUCUUGCGGAUAUCAUAAAUAAUGACUUUUUUAAGUCAAGAUAUAGUAGGACUUUACAGCCCACCAAAUAUUCAUGACACACAUAAAAGACUGUAUGCUGUUGUAGUCUUAUAUUUAGCUACCAACAACGGUAUAUUAGUUACAGACGAUUCUGGAUUACAUGCUUCAAGUCUAAUAUACGACACAUUCAAAGUCAGUGAAGAAGAGGAUCUCACAACAUUAGUAUCAAAAGUACCAAUAGUGAUAAUCAGGGAUGGAAAUGAUGGCUUCAGAAUGCAAGAAAUAGACGGUUCAACAAACCAAACAAAUAGUUCUCAAAACUUAAACGUGCAAGAUUUGCACAAUGGGAUCUUCGGUUUAACGGCGGAAGUGCGUCAUGAAAAACAAAUGAAGCAACAAGACAGGCAAAAGUUCAACACACAAUUUAAAAAAUUACGUAUUUCAUCUCAAAAAUACAGAAAAGAUAUGACAGCUGGAUUUUACCAUAUGGAUAUGCCGUACAUAACCAGCACAAUCACAAAAUCAUCAAGGUAUAAAUAACUCACAGCAACAGCAUAGUGGCCGGCAGCAGCAAGAUAUACGGGAAGCGCGAUUAUGUAGAGCGCCUCGUACACUGUUUAGCCUUUGGUCCGAAUACGAGGACAGGCUUGUAAUAACAACAAAGUUGCUAGAAAUUUUACAAACGCAGAGAGAGGAUUCGCUAAAAGUGUGUACAGUUUUAGAAACCAUUUCUGGUGAUAUAUGGAGAAGAUAAUUGCGCGAGGGCACACAGCAAGUGAGAGAAAAUUGAAAUAGGUUAUGAAAUGACAUUAUCAGUAUCAAGUAUAUGUAGAGAGCUUUGGCUGCAGAUAGGGAAUUAGCAAAGAUACAAUAAAUUAGCACAGUCGUGUAAAUCAACUGUACAAUAGUUGUAGGAUUUUAUGUACAAUAUCUAAGAAC